GGGAGCGGCUGUGCCUGCUUCUGAGGUCACAGCUUGAAGUCCCUUUAACUUGCUUUCUACUGCAGGAGAGAGACGUAUUGUGGUAUAACUGUCGCCGCAUUUAUUCAAAUGGACAAUUUGCUAUAAAUAUUAUACCCAGAACGACAGAUAACUCAACAUAUGAGGUGUUUAAUAUUAGCCAACUGCCAUAAAGCUAAAGAUUUUUCGGAAAAUUGAACCUAACCUCUACUGAACACAAGAUGAAAAUGUGGUUGCUGGUUAGUCACCUUGUGAUAAUAUCUUUUACAACCUGUCUAUCAGAGUUUACCUGGCACAGAAGGUAUGGUCAUGGAGUUUCUGAGGAAGACAAAGGAUUUGGACCAAUUUUUGAAGAGCAACCAAUCAAUACCAUUUAUCCAGAGGAAUCACCGGAAGGAAAAGUUUCGCUAAACUGCAGGGCACGAGCCAGCCCUUUCCCGAUUUACAAAUGGAGAAUGAAUAAUGGGGAUGUCGACCUGACCAGUGAUCGGUACAGUAUGGUGGGAGGAAACCUUGUUAUCAACAACCCUGACAAGCAGAACGAUGCAGGAGUAUACUACUGUUUAGCAUCAAAUAACUACGGAAUGGUCAGAAGCACUGAAGCCACCCUGAGCUUUGGAUAUCUUGAUCCUUUCCCACCUGAGGAACGUCCUGAGGUCAGAGUGAAGGAAGGGAAAGGAAUGGUACUUCUCUGUGACCCUCCAUACCAUUUUCCAGAUGAUCUUAGCUACCGCUGGCUUUUAAAUGAAUUUCCUGUGUUUAUCACAAUGGAUAAACGAAGAUUUGUGUCCCAGACAAAUGGCAAUCUCUACAUUGCGAAUGUCGAGGCAUCAGACAAAGGCAAUUAUUCCUGCUUUGUAUCCAGUCCUUCUAUUACAAAGAGUGUGUUCAGCAAAUUUAUCCCACUCAUUCCACUACCUGAACGAACGACAAAACCAUAUCCUGCUGAUAUCGUAGUUCAGUUCAAGGAUGUAUAUGCAUUGAUGGGCCAAAAUGUGACUUUAGAGUGUUUUGCACUUGGCAAUCCCGUUCCUGAUAUCCGAUGGCGGAAGGUCCUAGAACCAAUGCCAAGCACUGCUGAGAUCAGCACCUCUGGGGCUGUCCUCAAGAUCUUCAAUAUUCAGCUAGAAGAUGAAGGCACAUAUGAAUGUGAGGCUGAGAACAUUAGAGGAAAGGAUAAACAUCAUGGAAGAAUUUAUGUUCAAGCAUUUCCAGAGUGGGUAGAACACAUCAAUGACACAGAGGUGGAUAUAGGCAGUGAUCUCUAUUGGCCUUGUGUGGCCACAGGGAAGCCCAUCCCUACAAUCCGAUGGCUGAAAAAUGGAUAUUCGUAUCAUAAAGGGGAAUUGAGGCUAUAUGACGUGACUUUUGAAAAUGCUGGAAUGUACCAGUGCAUAGCUGAAAACACACAUGGAGUCAUUUAUGCAAAUGCGGAGUUGAAGAUCCUGGCUUUGGCUCCAACUUUUGAAAUGAAUCCUAUGAAGAAAAAGAUCCUGGCUGCCAAAGGAGGAAGGGUUAUAAUUGAAUGCAAACCUAAAGCUGCACCAAAACCAAAAUUUUCAUGGAGCAAAGGGACAGAGUGGCUUGUCAACAGCAGCAGAAUACUCAUUUGGGAAGAUGGCAGCUUGGAAAUCAAUAACAUUACAAGAAAUGAUGGAGGCAUCUAUACAUGCUUUGCAGAAAAUAACAGAGGGAAGGCUAAUAGCACUGGGACUCUUGUUAUCACAGAUCCCACUCGAAUUAUAUUGGCCCCAAUUAAUGCUGAUAUCACUGUUGGAGAAAAUGCCACCAUGCAGUGUGCUGCUUCCUUUGAUCCUGCCCUGGAUCUCACAUUUAUUUGGUCCUUCAAUGGCUAUGUGAUCGAUUUUAACAAAGAGAACAUUCAUUACCAGCGGAAUUUUAUGCUGGAUUCCAAUGGGGAACUGCUCAUCCGGAAUGCCCAGCUGAAACAUGCCGGGAGAUACACAUGCACCGCUCAGACCAUUGUGGACAAUUCCUCAGCCUCAGCUGACCUUGUUGUGCGAGGCCCUCCAGGCCCUCCAGGUGGUCUGCGAAUUGAAGACAUUAGAGCCACUUCUGCGGCACUCACUUGGAGCCGUGGUUCAGACAAUCACAGCCCUAUAUCUAAAUACAACAUCCAAACCAAGACUAUACUCUCAGAUGACUGGAAAGAUGCGAAGACAGAUCCCCCAAUUAUUGAAGGAAAUAUGGAGGCAGCCAGAGCAGUGGAUUUAAUCCCAUGGAUGGAGUAUGAAUUUCGUGUGGUAGCAACCAAUACAUUGGGUACAGGAGAGCCUAGUAUACCAUCAAACAAAAUUAAAACGGAUGGUGCCGCACCUAAUGUGGCUCCUUCAGAUGUAGGAGGUGGGGGUGGAAGCAACAGAGAGCUGACCAUAACCUGGGCACCUUUGUCCAGAGAAUACCACUAUGGCAACAACUUUGGUUACAUCGUGGCAUUUAAACCAUUUGAUGGGGAAGAAUGGAAAAAAGUUACAGUUACUAAUCCAGAUACUGGCCGAUAUGUCCAUAAAGAUGAGACCAUGCGCCCUUCCACUGCCUUUCAAGUCAAGGUUAAGGCCUUCAACAACAAAGGAGACGGACCUUACAGCCUCACAGCAGUCAUUAAUUCAGCACAAGAUGCUCCCAGUGAAGCCCCAACAGAAGUAGGCGUAAAAGUGUUAUCAUCUUCAGAGAUAUCUGUUCAUUGGGAACAUGUUGUAGAAAAAAUAGUGGAAAGCUAUCAGAUUCGGUACUGGUCCACCCAUGACAAAGAAGCGGCUGCACACAGAGUUCAAGUCACCAGCCAAGAGUACUCGGCCAGGCUGGAGAACCUUCUGCCCGACACCCAGUACUUUGUGGAAGUCAGGGCCUGCAAUAGCGCAGGAUGUGGACCUCCUAGUGACAUGAUUGAGACCUUCACCAAGAAAGCACCUCCAAGCCAGCCACCAAGGAUCAUCAGUUCCAUAAGGUCUGGUUCACGCUACAUAAUCACCUGGGAUCAUGUGGUCGCGCUAUCAAAUGAAUCUACAGUGACAGGAUAUAAGGUACUCUAUAGACCUGAUGGUCAGCAUGAUGGCAAGCUGUAUUCAACUCAUAAACACUCCAUAGAAGUCCCAAUCCCCAGGGAUGGAGAGUAUGUUGUAGAGGUUCGUGCACACAGUGAUGGAGGAGAUGGAGUGGUGUCUCAAGUCAAAAUUUCAGGUGCAUCCACCGUCUUACCAAGUCUUCUCGGCUUACUGCUGCCUGCCCUUGGCAUCCUUGCCUUCUUGGAAUUCUGAAUGUGGUGUGACAGCUGCUGUUCCCAACCCAGCUCAGAGAACAUCCUUCAUCCCUGUGAUGACUAAAAUUUCCUCCAACUCCUGCGGCUCCCUCCUAAGCCAAAUAAAUUAUUCUUUAACAAACUAUCCAACUGAUUUAUAACACAUGUUAUGACUGAGGCAUUCAGGAACCCCUUCAUCCAAAAGAAUAAACUUUUAAAUGGAUAUAAAAUGAUUUUUAACUCGUUCCAAUAUGCCUUAUAAACCACUUAACCUGAUUCUGUGACAGUUGCAUGAUUUAAUCCCAUGGGACAAGUUACAGUGUUCAAUCCAAUACUAUAGGCUGUAGAGUGAAAGUAAAAUCACCAUACACAGGUGCUUUAAAUUUAAUAACAAGUUGUGAAAUAAAUAGAGGUUGAAAUGUUGAUCGUAUGUGGUAAAUGUAAGAGUAAUACAGUCUCUUGUAUUAUCCUCUCUGUCUUGGGUCCUGCAUAUUUUCAAAUGGCCCCCUGUCAUUCAUGACAUUUUGAGUUUUCUUGAAAUAAACAUAUAACUGAAACAUUUUGACGUCAUUCCAUUACCAAAUCAUUUGACUGAAAGAUUUUGAAUAUUGAAAACCAAAUUCUAGAACUUAUUAUCAGUAUUCUUAUUUUGAAAGUAAUUUUAUAAAUAUUUAAUUUUCAGAAUCAGUAAUACUUUUAAGUUAGUUUUUUAAUAGUAAAGUUAACAUGCCAUAUGAAGAUUGUUUUUUACUUUUGUAUUCUACUCUGAAGUUAUUUUAUGCUUUUCUUAUCAGUUUCAAACCUCAAAAAUCACAGCUCUUAUCUAGAGUAUCAUCAUAUUGCUGUA